AUGUCACAAAAAAAAGCCCUGGUAGAAACAAACGUAUCGUCAAAUAAGAACUUUCAGGAGAAACCUCGAAUAUUCACAUCGCUUGGCUACCGUCAAAUCAAGAAAGGAGGCCUUAUUUACAGAGUGAACGAAGUCAGCCUGAACCAGACAAGUGCUUCCGAUAUGUGUAUCCAACAACACUCACAGCUGGUCAGGAUCGACUCCAAGUCCGACAUGUUGAGUCUGCAGACCAUCGUCGCUGGAAACACGAUACUGGGAAAGAUCAAAGCCUCAGAGACCAAAUACCUCUUCCAGUUGUUCGUGUCCGGAAUGUACAUGUCAAACCGAUGGCAGUACAGUGACGGUGAAAUGAUUAACAGCGCCCUCUGGUCUCCUGGCAACCCUGACCCAAGUCAAGGUCACUGUGUCGUGCUGACACGGAAUGGUCUCACAAACCAAACAGUUUGUUCGGAGUAUCUCGUGUCUGGACUUUAUGGCGUGGAGGAUUCUGCAAUUUCCGCUUCAUCUAUAUGGACAUCGAACAGAAGUUUAUGUGGUCCUCAAAACUCAAGGCUACAUUUCAAUGGAACAACUGGGGCAGCCUCGUCUUGGUGUGCGGGCACUCGCGAUAUUCAGCAGCACAUACAGGUCCGAUUCCCGAUGGAGACAAUAGUUGAUGCCGUGAUGUUGCAGGGACGAGGGCAUUCCACUCAGUGGGUCAAGACUUAUUACCUCCUCUACAGCAUCGAUGGUAUCACAUGGACUAAUGUUACGUCUCAAAACCAACAACAAAGGUUGUUCAUCGGAAACAAUGACGCCAACACUGUGGUCAAGUCCAGUCUUGUUCCCAGCAUCACUGCCGUGUAUCUUCGAAUUAAUCCGAGAAGCUACAGUAUUCAUAUAAGUCUCCGCUUUGACGUCAGUGGCUGCUACAAAGUCCAAUACAAAAUCGAGCGCCGUUCGGAAUAUUACAGAGUGCCGAUGCUGCCAUCACAAGAGUAUAAACAAAAUAUUCUUUUUGAGACACCGUCAAGUUCCCUCCCGGAGUGCGGAAUAUUCACAUCGCUUGGCUACCGUCAAAUCAAGAAAGGAGGCCUUAUUUACAGAGUGAACGAAGUCAGCCUGAACCAGACAAGUGCUUCCGAAAUGUGUAUCCAACAACACUCACAGCUGGUCAGGAUCGACUCCAAGUCCGACAUGUUGAGUCUGCAGACCAUCGUCGCUGGAAACACAAUACUGGCCAAAUACCACUUCCAGUUGUUCGUGUCCGGAAUGUACAUGUCAAACCAAUGGCAGUACAGUGACGGUGAAAUUAUUAACAGCGCCCUCUGGUCUCCUGGCAACCCUGACCCAAGUCAAGGUCACUGUGUCGUGCUGACACGGAAUGGUCUCACAAAUUCUCAGAAUGAGAUAAAUUUGACAGCAACAAUGAGAAUAUCAUGA